UUUUAUCAUACCGUGAAUAAGGCGGCAUUACUUACGGAACCAUGGAUAGUGGUGCUUAUACGCUCUUUUGCGUAUGCAGGAGAGCACCUCCUUAAGUUGGUGCUACCGUAUCGAGGUCCCGAGCCCAUGGUGGAAAUCUAUAAUAUGGCAGAGACAGGGGGUCGGUUGAAUGAUUGUAUUCAAGCGCUAUGGCUACUGAGCAGGAAAAGCGAUAUGGCACUAUGCGCUGCAAAGGUUUUGUGGGAGGCGGUUGAACAGGGUGUCAUCUGGAGCUAG